AUGGUUAGCCUAGCUGUGACUACUCUAGGGAUAAUCUUCCUGGCUGGUGUCCGGGUGGAGGCCCGCCUGGGCGAUGUACGUGCCAUCAGCCAAGGACAGCAGGCCGCCAACAUUGAUGGCCACAAUUACAUGGCCUUCUCCCAGCUGCGCCGCCUGGCAGGGGAGUUCUUCGAUCACUAUCCCAAUCUCACCCAGGCGGAUCUUUAUCAAGAUGCGCGAAUUCCCUCGGCCCAGGAUCUGCAGUGCCUGGCGGAUUUUGCGGUGCUAACCAAGGACCUGCGCAACCUCAAAAUUUGGGCGCUAAAGAUGAUAGACUCUUGGGGCACGUUGCCGUCUGGCGUGCUCGUAGGCAACUGGUGGGAUCUGGGACACUUUGACGAGUGUUUAGGCAUCGAUCACCCCGAUGCCACCACAGGACGCCAUGUCCGGGGCAAGUAUUGUUUCGCCAAGAUUGUGCCCGCUCCGAGCGUGUCCCAGGCGCUGGUAAUGAAGACGGCCCUCUGCUUUCCCGCCUCCUGCUCUGCGGCCAACAUGGACACCUUGCUAAGCCGGCUCUUCCAGACGCUGCUGAACGUGGAGAUUGGGACAGGAGUGCAGAUAGUGGACGAGACCACUUGUCAGACAGCGGAGUCGAAGUCCUACGACGGAGUCACUGUAUUCACCAUAGUCCUCCUCUCGAUACUGGCUGCUGCCGUGGGCUUGGCCACCUGCUAUGACUACUUCUUGGUUCAGGAUGAAAAGUCACUGCCUCCGGUGGUCAGAGCCUUCUCGGCCAGGGCCAACUCUCGGUCUCUGUUCCGUCUAGUGGAUACCAAGGCUAAUCCCAAUGUGAUAGACUGCCUCCAUGGCAUCCGUUGUUUGUCCUUCAUUUGGGUGGUCUUUUGCCAUGACUACCUGGUCUUUGCCAUGUCGCCCAACAUGAAUAUGACCUAUGUGCUCACGUGGAUCGACUCCGUUUUUAGUUUGUUCGUGAAGCACGGGGUCUAUGCCGUGGACUCGUUCUUCUUCCUGAGCGGUCUUCUCCUGGUAGUGAUUGCCCUACGUAGCAUGGACCGUACCAAAGGGAGGCUUAACAUACCCAUGAUGUAUCUGCUUCGUUACCUGCGUCUCACCCCCCUCCUGGCCAUCGCCAUACUCAUCUACAUGAAGAUCCUGCCCCUAAUGGGCAGCGGUCCUCUCCAUGGAACGGUUGGCUUUGACGACUACAGCGUCUGCAAGGACACCUGGUAUCUAACGCUCCUCUAUGUGCAGAAUGUGGCCACCGAUCGACUGUGCAUCAGCCACUCGUGGUAUCUGGCCGUGGACAUGCAGCUGUACAUCUUUGCCCCCUUCCUGCUGAUUGCCCUGUACAAGUGGGGCAAAAAGGCGGCCGCUGGGAUCUUUGUCCUGUUAAUGCUCCUGGCCUGCUGCCUGUUCAGCAUCAUGGUUAUCAACGAUCUGUCCCUUGGCGCCCAGGGCGGCGAGUCCAUGCGAAAGCUUUACUACGCCACCAACACCAGGGCCUCACCCUACCUUAUUGGCCUCCUCUUCGGUUACUUCCUUCAUCUCAAGCGGGGUCAGGUCUUCCGGCUUAGCCGCUUGGCUGUCCUUGUGGGCUGGCUGGUGAGUCUGUCCCUGCUGGCCACCUGCAUCUUCGCGGUCUAUGGCCAAAAUACUUUGCCCAUUGUGGAGGAGGCCUUCUAUGUGACCCUCACCCGCAUUGCCUGGCCGCUGGGCCUCUGUUGGUUGGUCUUUGCCUGCAUGCAUGGAUAUGGGGGUCUGGCCAGCGAAUUGCUCUCCUCACCCCUGUGGCAGCCCAUGUCCAAGCUCUCCUACUCCGCCUACAUCUUCCACAUGUUCAUCGAGUGCCUUAACGGGGGGUUAACGCGCACCAAUACCUACUUCAGUGACUACCAAGUGAUGCUGCGUUUUUGGUCGGACUUUGGCUUCACCAUGCUGCUGGCCUACCUCAUGCACAUUCUUGUGGAGGCGCCGCUGGCCCAUCUGCAGAGUCUCCUGCUGCCCACAAAGAGUCAGCAGAAUCCCAGGCCCAAGGAAGCGCCAUCUCUAGCAGGGGAAGCUGCAGUCCAGGAGGCUCCAGUCAAAGCAGAUAAACCCAAAAAAGCUGAAGUUGAAGCUGAAGCUCCUCCGGCGCUUCAUUGAGACUC